AUGGCAGACUUGAAUCAGGCCUCCCAGGAGGCGGAGGAGGAGCAAACCUGGACGGGGGAUUAUGAUCCAUUCGCUGAUCCGGAAGAGCGCCGAGUUCUCUUUGCGGCCUUUGAUUCGUUUAGACAAUAUCGGCGUACUGCCCACCAUAAUACUACACAUCGACGGCGGCAGGCAUUCUACGCUUUGCCCUCGGAGCAUUGGCAAAUGCUGGCGGAGCCGCCAUUUUCGAUCUUAGACAAUCUCAACAGAGUCGACGACGCGAUCGACACCAAUGCCGAGAUCGCAGAUGCCAUCCUGGCCGUGGGCCUGGAGUCUUUCGGUCUUCCUGUCACUCCCGACAAGGACGACCCAACUCAAAACUGGCAUGAGACGGCGACAGCGUCUGACGUCAAUAAAGCCCACUCUACUAUCCGCCAAUUCUACCGCGACUGGAGCGUGGAAGGCCGUGCCGAGCGACAGGUCUGCUACGACCCUGUCCUUCAGGACCUGCACCGUGAGUUCUAUCCGCGGCGCCAGGCCGGCGAGGAGAUCCGCGUGCUGGUGCCUGGGGCUGGGCUGGGCCGAUUAGUAUUCGAGGUCUGCCUGGCCGGGUAUGCGGCCGAGGGCAAUGAGAUCUCGUACCACCAGCUGCUGGCCAGCAGCUGGGUACUGAACCACACGGCGGGCGCGCAGCAACACGCGCUGCACCCCUUUGCAUUACACUUCUCGAACCUGCACUCGCGGGCACAGCAAUUGCGGCGUGUGUUGAUCCCAGACGUACACCCAGGAAGCGCGAUGGCCAUGGCGGGGCAGACGGGCGACGCGCCGUUGGGGACAAUGUCGAUGACGGCGGCGGAUUUCGUGGUGCUGUACAUGCAGCCGGAGCAGCGGGCGGCCUUUGACGCCGUGGCGACCGUGUUCUUCAUCGACACGGCGCCCAACCUGAUCCGGUAUGUGGAGGCCAUUCACCACUGCCUCAAGCCGGGCGGCCUCUGGAUCAAUGUGGGACCGUUGUUGUGGCAUUUCGAGGAUGGACAUCCCCGUCAGGCGGGCACGGGUGGCACGGGUGGCACGGGUGGCACGGACGAGGCGCCGCCAACGGAGGCCGCUGGCAUUGGGGAACCGGGCAAUGUGGAGUUGACGGAGGAAGAGGUGCUGCGCCUGGUUGAGCGUCUCGGGUUCUGCAUUGAAGCGCGGGCGGACGAUCGGGCGCCAUGCGGCUACAUUCAGGAUGCGGACAGCAUGCUCCAGAACCUGUAUCAGCCAUCCCACUGGGUGGCGCGGAAGGUGGCUCAGCCAUAA